UGAGCGCUGCUGCCGAGCCGAUAUGCGCUGCGGCAGACGGCCGUAGGCACCGCGGGCGGCGGCGCCGGCGGCGGCAUGGUGCUCGAGUCGGCGGCGGGCGCGCUGCCGCCCCCGCUGCAACUGUACGCGGCCGCGGCGGCCGCCGCAGCGUCCGCCUCGUCGUCGGGGGCGACGGGCGCUGGGGGCGGAGGCGGCGGCGGCUGGGCGGCGGGCCCGGGGGCGGCGUUCCACGCGCCUCUCGGACACCCGGCGGCUCACCUGGCGCUGCCCGUUCCCGUCCCAGGGCUCGGCUUCGGCUUCCUGCCCCCAGGGCCGGCGCACCGCUUCGCCGCCUCCCUGGUGGUGUCGCCGCCGGGAGCGCGCGAUCCCGUGGACCCCCGGGGUCUGCGUCACCACCAUCCGCACCACCACCAUCACCACCACCACCAUCACCAACGGCACAGCGAGGACAGCGGCUCGGACGGUGGCUCGCCCAAGAAAGACGUGGACAGCGACGACGUGUGCGGCGGCGGCGGCAGCAAGCGGCGGCGGUCGCGCACCAACUUCAACAGCUGGCAGCUGGAGGAGCUGGAGAGGGCCUUCCUCGCCUCCCACUACCCGGACGUCUUCAUGCGCGAGGCGCUCGCCAUGCGCCUCGAUCUCAAGGAGUCGCGCGUCGCCGUGUGGUUCCAGAACCGGCGCGCCAAGUGGCGCAAGAAGGAGCACACGAAGAAGGGCCCGGGCCGGCCGGCGCACAACGCGCACCCGCAGACGUGCAGCGGGGAGCCCAUCCCGGAGGAGGAGCUGCGGCGCAAGGAGCGCGAGCGGCGCGAGAAGAAGCUGCUCAAGUCGCUGGAGCGCCAGCAGCGCAAGCUGGCCGCCAAGGGCGUCGCCGUCGACCUGGACACGCUGCGCCGCGAGUGGGAGGCCCAGCAGCACCAGCAGCAGCAGGCGGGGGGCGGAGGCUGCCGCAAGGUGGCGGGGGCGGCGGCGGCCGCGGCGGCGGCGGCCGCUGCGGCGGUGUCGCGCCACCAGCUGCUGUCGGCGCACGACUCGUCCAGCUGCUGCAGCAGCACCAACGCCUCCACGGCGACGGCCCGCGACGUCGAGAUCGACGUGGUGGGCGACCCCUCCGAGGACGAGGCCGCCGCCCACGCGGACCAGCCGCAGUUCGACUCCCCUAACUCCCACGCCACCCGGCCGGAAGACUACGGCUCCUUCCAGCCGUUCCAGCAACAGCAGUUCCACCACCACCACCAGCAGCAGCAGCCGCUGGACGUCCCCAAGUCGCCGUCACCGCCCGCGUCAAGUGACGCGGCCAAACAGCGCAGGCCCAACCCGUUCAGCAUCGAGUCGCUGCUGUCGCGACCCGACGACCGACACCAGCGGCACACACCGCCGGCGCCGACGCCGCCCCCUCGCGACGCCGGGACGCUGUGCAGGCCGGCGCCCGUCUCGCUGAGCGGCGGCGUCCUCAUCGGCAGCAGGACGCCGCCCACCGGCUGCUUCAGCCACCUCAUCACUGGCUAGCGACGCACAGGCCUCUCCACCAGCGCACAUCGACACCUUUUCUGUCUGACGGACAUCAGCUAUCACUGUAGCUUCCAGACUAACAUCUAAUCGAACCUUUAACAUCGUACGCGUCUUUCGAAAACGAAAAAUCUGAACUAUGCUUUUCCUGAAAAAUGGAGUUAAGUCAUGAAACGAUGGUCUGCUUUUAGCUUACGAGGCGGUGCUGAUAAAUCUUUAGCUGCAGACAUAGCUUAGUGAUCACUGAAGUUAAGCAUUAUUGGGCAUGGCUAGCACUGCACGGGUCUUCCGAGCACUGUUGACAAACAGGAUGCACUCAAACCUUAUGAGGCCAAAUGAGGAGAUAUUGACUUACAAGUCGCAGAUCCGGUCACGAAAGCUGAUAAAAAAUGGAAUAGUGGUGUGCUGACCACAUGCCCCCCAUAUUAGCAUCCAGCGGCGCCUGUGAGCUAGGGAUGACACGGCUGUCGGUCGGUACUGUUGGGCUGUCUGAGUCCUCUUCCGAUGGAGGCAUAGAUUACAGUUUCAAAGUCUUAGAUUAUUGGACGUUGCGAACCCUCUGCUUGGACCAUCUUCAGCAUCCACUCUGCCACCGGCGAAAUCGGAAUAAUCCUAAGGGGGUAACACUUCGUUAAUACGAGAUGUAUUAGAAAAGUAAUGAGCCAGAUUCUUUAUCUACCAAAGCUUUUAUUUAUUUUUCUGAAACAAGAGAAUUGUCCCCUUCAAGGAAGCUCUCUUCGGCAGCUACACACCAGCAGAAUCGUUGUUUCCAAUCCUGGUAGCAGCGGUGAAAGACUUCAACUGUAAGGCCUUUACCAUGUCGGUCACAUUCUUUCGAACGUUCUGCAGAGUCACAAAAUUAUGUCCUUUUAAGACAUUUUUCAGUUUAGGGAAUAGAAAAAAGUCACAGGGACUGAGAUCAGCUGAAUAGGGGGACAGUGGAACAACAGGAAUGCUUUUUGAGGUAAUAAAUUCCGUGUUGAAAGUGACCAUGCGUCAUGAGGGGUUGUCGUGAUGGAGUAUCUACAUUUCUGCAAUGUCCCACCUCACUCGAUUCACUAUUUUCAUGAGCGUUUCAGGGGUAUAUUUAUGAAACAUUUGGUUGACAGUUUAUCCUGGAGGAACAUAUUCUUUAUGCUAAUUGGUCAAGAAAGGUAACUGGCAUUGUUUUGAUGUUUGAUUUGCUCAUUUGAACUUUUUAUGUCGAGGAGUUAUCUCAGUGUGCCACUCCUCACUUUGCCCCUUUGUCUCUGGAUCGUACUCAAAAAUCCACAAUUCAGCACCUGUGAUCACACGGUUGAUCCAUUCGUGGUCAUUGGCAAUGCUCUCAAGAAGAUCAGCGCAUUCGUUUCUUUCAUUAUCUUUCUGCCAUUUUGGCACAAAUCUUACACAUGUGAAAAAUUUUGGUGAAAAUUUGUCGUACGAUCAAAGGUUUCUUCAAAUUUAUUUGUUUUACGUACAGUAGUCAAGCCAGUGACCUAGAAACGACAUAGACGCUUCGCCCCACUGUAGCCCUCAGCGGUUCACAUCCUCACAACAGGCCACAGGAGUCCACCGACCCCACCGCUAUGACACACCGAACCCAGGGUUAUUGUGCGGUUCGGCCCCGAGUGGAUUCCACCCCCCUCCCCCCCCCCCCCCGCCCCCCCCCCCCAUGGGAACGUCUCAUACCACACAAGUGUAACCGCAAAUGUUUGCUUGGUAGAAUAAGUGUGGUGCAUGCAUAUGUGGAAAUGGUGUUUGCGCAGCAAUCGCCGACACAGUAUGAGGUGGAGUAAGGGGAACCAGCCCGCAUUCGUAGCCGAGGUAGAAGUAAAACCUUCUGAAAAACCAUCCACAGGCUGGCCAGCACACCGGACCUCGACACUGAUCCGCUGAGCGGAUUGGUGCCGGGGACCGGCAAGCCUUCCCGCUCGGGAACCAGCGCGUUAGACCGAGCGGCUAGGCAGGCGGGUUCCACUCAAGCUGUAGUCGCAGUAAAUUACAGAAAAUUUAAGGCAGGCUUGUCUAAUUACAAAAUACGAUGAACGUGCUUAACAGAUCACCCACCACCCUUAUUAUUAGACUUCGGACUGAUCUCACACGUUCGACGUUUUCGAAGUUGGAAGUCUCCCUGAGCAAGAUUUAUCUUCUCCGUGUUCUCGGUUUUCCAAAAAUGAUUUGUCCCAAAUAAAAACUUGUGCUCUCGAUGUUCCCCAUAGACGUUUCAGAAGUCACAUUAGCAAGUUCUAGAAGUUUAGUACAAAACUUGAUGGCAUGACGUUGCUCCAAGUUCCGCUGUUCCAUUUUCAUAACACACAACAAAAACACAACUCCUCACAUGGAGCUUUCAAAAUUCAUGUGAUGGGUGUAAGGAGCUGAAACUCAGACUGAGCAUCUGGAAGGAAUGAACAGAUCGGUCUACACUAACAGAACAACAAAGUGUUGCCAAAUCGCUCGCUGUGUUGUUAGGCUCAUUACUUUUCUCACGAAAAUAUCUUUGUGUAUUAGUGUUUCUCGUUUUUGAAAUCUACCUUAUGCAAAACAAUAUUUAUUUUUAUUCACCGAGGCCGGUUUCGACACCUAUGUGUUAUCUUCUAUGCGUCAGAAUUAUUUCUAUGAAGUAUAAUACAAAAUUUAUACCCGUUUACCUAUUGUAGGUCUGAAAUUAUAGCAUGUGCAUUUUGUUUGUUUUGUUUUGAUUGCUCACCUGAAAGUUACAUGGAAAGUGAAAAUGCAUUUCUACAGAUCGGUUUUUGCGCCCUUUCUUGUCAUUUUGGCGGUAUGUCACUUUCAAAGUAGUCAUGAAGAAAGUUUGUAUAUUUUUGUGAGACACAGAAGAUGACACAUAGACCUCGAAAAAUGUCUGGGUGAAUAAAAAGAAAUUUUGCAUCAGGAGGAUAAAAAAGAAACAAGUUAUGUGUCGGAAAAACGGAAAAACGUCAAGAGAACUUUCGACCUGAGCAAGAUGUGUCUUUGUCUCCGAACUUACACUGUUGAAGUCUUCCACCUGUUACGUGUAUGCAGAGGAGGUAUACAGAAAAAUCCUAGGUAUUGGUGGGUCACUUUUUAUACACAUUUUCGUGGUCAUGUUAUAGGUUUUCAUCUCAAUUUCGAUUAGAAUGGAAACCCAGUUUACAUUUGCUAAAGAAAAAAAAGCCCAAGGAAUAAAUAAUUAUUGUUUCAAUGUUCAUGAAAUAGGGUAACCACAUAUUCAAAUGUUUUCUGUCGCUCAACUGAUUAUUGACGAAUGUUUUACUCCCUGCUACGCAAAGAAAGGCCAACGCAUUCAGAGCUGCUGUGGUACUGGUGAUGGAGAUUCUUCAGUGUUCUGGUGAUAACUUAUUAAAUGCCGUUCACACAUAUCGGGACAGCUCUAUGAUUACCAUUCCAACAAGCUAUUAAUCUCAGCAGGUCAAUAGUCGGUUUAUGUCGACGCAUUUCUGUGUAGAAGUGUAGGAUUGAGAACUGAAGCCUAACAGCUCUGUAGCAUCAUCAUGAAUAUCUUUAUCUUUUUACUUUUAUGCACUUGGCCGCCUCCCUUCAUUUCAUUCCGUACGAACUAAGCGUGAGAUGUCAACUGUAUUUGACUUAAAAUCAACAGAGUGAGUAAUUGUGACAGUGAAGUGAAACUUUCGUAUUACAAAGAGAGAGAAAAUUGAAACAAGAUACUGCAUUACCUUUUCUUAACCUUUUACAAAAAAAAAGUCUACACUAAAGAUGUAUCAGCACCGGCUUAAGGGAUCUAGACUUCAUCCAGCGAUAUUCCAAACUGACGUGUACUCCAAAAAUCACCGAAAGCUUCGAUGAACGCCUAUUGUGCAGCAAAGACGGAAUUGCAUCCUACCUGGGAUGGUUAUGUAACGUUACAUGAACAGUCUUGAAUCUAGACUUAUAUACCACGUUGUUGUGCUACGUCCGAUCAAACUUACUACUUAGGCCAGAUUAAUUCUCGAUCCGUAAGUGUAGUCCUGCGAAUUUAGUUGAAGGCUUUUUGUUGAUAUUCGAAAGUAAAAGACAUCUAAAACCAUACUGUAACCGGAGUGGUGGUGCUGCAGGAUAGCCUUUGUGCAAUUAAGUAUUUGAGAAAAGAAACGGACUUCUCCGUUGAACUUGUUCCUGAAAUAUGACGGGAUAGCUCAGAUGGUUCGGAAUUACCUGAGACAGGCAAAAAUAAACCUUCUGUUCAGGAAAACCAAUAUUUUACUGAGAGUCAGUGCUUAAAAUUGACAAUAGUAACGAUGAAAGUAGAGAAAGAAGGAAACAGGAUAUCAAACGUAGUGACACAUUUUAAUCGAAGAGUGAGCGGUAAAAGUGAAAUAGAGAACACAGCUUACUGAGACGGAACUAUUAGUUACGGCAAACGUCACCUAAUGAAAAAUGUAGCUCCAGUGGACUCUGACGGAGACUGAUAUUCGGUUUCCUGAUAUUGAAGCAAUAAUCAGUGUUGAAAUAAAAUUUUUGUUUUCAUUUGCCUAUGAACUCUGUGAAGCGCUGAAGUGUAUAUAUACUACAUUUGCUGUGACAUGUACGUGUGUCCCAAAUUUGUUGGUCUAGUGUUGUCGAAAACUGGAAAUGGCUGUUAAAUUCAUUACCUUUUUCCCCAUAUGGAAAGUUGGAACUGAGAAAAACCAAAUGAAAUUUGAUCUAGCUUUACAUGACAUGUACAUAUGGAACGUUUAAUAUUUAUUCUUUAACAAUGGUUUCAGCCUGUCAGCGAGACAACCACAAUUAAUCAUUUUAGAGUCAACUGUUUCAGCCAUUUUCAGUUUUGCUGUUGAGAACUUAACACUGAAAUGCUAAUAGAAUGAGACAAAGUUUUCCACAUUUUCCGAUAAAGAGAACCACGUUCUCACCGAUUUCGGAAGCACGAUGUUACGUAUGUUUUCCAUUGUAGCCCAAUAAUUUAAGACCUACUUCUCGGCACAACGGCUGUCUAGCUCCCAUACUAUUCUGUAAAGUCGAUAGAGUAAUUGUCCAUAACAAUUUAACAAGACUCUGUAAUGUGAAUAUCAGUUCACUGUAAAUGAAUCGUAUUUAUGUUGUGUUAUUAAGACAGUAAUAUUUAUUUGCUAAUCGA